GUGCCUCAUCAGGACGCCUUUUGUGAUGUGCCAUUUUUGAGUUGAUAUUUACAGCUUUUAAAACCUGUACAGUUAACUCGUUUCCGUCGUUGAAUAUUUACCGAACUGACUUUAUAAAGUGUGUUGCAACUUCAAGGCAUCCAGGGCACAAAAUCGCUUUCUUUACCUUCCAUAUCUUCAUCUUCCACCUCUCCCGCUCCACCACUGUGCCAGAGAUGAGCGCAGAUCAUUUUCAUUCCUAUUGUGAGUGAUUGUUGCACUGAUGCCUCAACAGGAAACAGAAAAGAGAUAAAGGAGACUAAUGACACAUGGCGUCUCCGUCUACAAGGCCAGCGCACCAUGUCGUCAUAUUGUGAUAACAUACAAUCAAUCCAAGUGUUGCUGUCUGUCGGUGAAACGGGGCCAGUUGUCUUGUCUGGUUAGACUUUGUAGCCUGACCUCAACAUGAACUCCAAAAGCAUCUUAAACUUUUGGCCGACUGUCAAAUAAAAUGUGAAAUGAGUGACUGAAUAAAGUGUGGCCUGUAAACCUACUCACCCCUGCCUUUUUUUAAAAAGGGAUUUAUAAGAAAUUAAGAGAUGAAUCCUCCUGCAUACACUGGUCUGCCAGCUGAGGAAUUUUGAGCAUUUUAGAAUUAUAUUCUUUAUUAUUUCUUUAUUGUAUUGUUUAGAUAAAAUGGCUCACUUGAAGCAGCACUGGCGCCCUCUACCUUGCAACUGACAACAUCUCGAACGAUUCUAAACAACCUUCAAUCCGGGUUCCUCCCAGUCGGUAAUUUGAGGAGACUAAUGAGCGCGUCGACGUGACCUCCACUGUGUAACUAGUAAACCGCACCCACUUGUUGACUUUAUCGCUCUGUUAAGUCCAGUCAGUAGGUGAUUUAAAAGCUCCAGCCUGUUUCUUUUAGCUUCAGUUAGCCGACUGAUCAUUGUCGAACGUGCAGGGCAAAUCAUGGAGAACGUGAAACAGGUUCUGCGGGAAAUGAAGCUUGACAACUGGACAGCGGCACUGCUGACGGGUGCUGCGUGCGGGGCUGGAGCUCUGGUGCUGCUGGUGCAGAAGGUCUGCAGACACCAAGAGGUGAAGGACAAGAUCCAGAGAGCCAGAAACCGGAGAGCCGACAGCCUGCAGCGGGCCGAGCAGGCGGUGCUGCAGUACAAGAAGUCGCAUCCAGGGACCGACGCUGAUCUCAUCUUGGCGAUGUCUCUGUCUGAGUUGACAAAUAACCUGCAGGAAGGCUUGCUGAGCCCCGAGGACGUGUUUUACUCCUACAUGGAAAAGACUCUGGAUGUAAACAAAGAUCUGAACUGCUGCACAGGGAUCUUGCUGGAGAGCUUUGAUCAGCUGAAAACUGUUGCUCCCAAGAAGGAAAGCCUCUUGUAUGGAGUUCCAGUUAGCAUCAAAGAAAACUACGCAUACAAGAAUCAUGACUCUACUUGCGGCGUCAUCGUUAAUCUGGACCAGCCGGCCCAGAAGGACAGCGUGAUAGUGGAAGUUCUGAAGAGACAAGGAGCUAUUCCCUUUGUGAAAACCAACUUGCCCCAAGCCCUAUUAAAUUACGACUGCGGUAACCCCAUGUAUGGGCAGACCGUGAACCCCCACAACCUCCAGAAGACCUCCGGAGGCUCCUCCGGUGGGGAGGGGGCCCUCAUCGGGGGAGGAGGCUCCGUGCUUGGUUUCGGCAGUGAUGCGGGGGGAAGCAUCCGCAUUCCUGCUUCAUUUUGUGGGAUUUGUGGCUUAAAGCCAACAGCGGGUAGGCUAAGUGGGUUUGAGUCCCAUUUAUCGAGGGCAGAAAUCGGUGUCGUCAUCUCCCGGACCAAUGGCGAGGGACGUGGACAGUCUGGCUCUGGGUAUGCAGGCGCUGCUCUGUGACCACAUGUUUUCGUUGGACCCCACUGUUCCACCUGUUCCUUUCAAUAUGCAGGUCUGUCCACUACAAAUAAAACCUAAAUGUUUUCA